AUGUCUUUGCCUCCCGGUAUGAACAUCCAUAAUUCAGAUACUAAAACAACCAAGGUAUGUAAGCUUCAAAAAUCUAUAUAUGGUCUCAAGCAGGCAAGUAGACAAUGGUAUUCUAAAUUAUCUGAAUCCCUCAUUUCCUUUGGUUAUAUACAAUCCUCUUCUGAUUUUUCCCUUUUUACAAAAUUUAAUGAGUCUUCAUUUACUGCACUGUUAGUAUAUGUUGAUGACAUUGUUUUAGCUGGAAAUGAUAUAUCUGAAAUCCAGAAUGUUAAAUCCUUUCUUAAUGAUCUUUUUAAAAUUAAAGACUUGGGUCCCUUGAGAUAUUUUUUGGGUCUUGAGGUUGCUAGAAGCAAACAAGGCAUUUUACUUAAUCAAAGAAAAUAUACUCUUGAACUUCUAGAGGAUAGUGGUAAUCUUGCUGCAAAAUCCUCUCUUACUCCUUAUGAUAUUUCUUUAAAACUCCAAAAUUCAGAUUCCCCACUCUAUAAUGAUGAAACUCAAUAUAGAAGACUCAUAGGCAGACUUAUUUACUUAACUACUACUCGUCCUGAUAUAUCUUUUGCCGUUCAACAAUUAAGCCAAUUUGUCUCAAAACCUCAACAAGUUCACUAUCAAGCUGCUAUUAGAGUUUUACAAUAUUUGAAAACUGCCCCCGGCAAAGGAUUAUUUUAUUCGGCAAACUCUAAUUUAAAACUUUCUGGUUUUGCAGAUUCUGACUGGGCAACUUGUCCUACAACAAGGAAAUCUGUUACGGGCUAUUGUGUGUUUCUUGGCUCCUCUCUUAUUUCAUGGAAAUCCAAGAAGCAGUCCACUGUCUCCAAAUCAAGUACUGAAGCUGAAUAUCGCGCACUAGCAAGCCUUACAUGUGAAUUGCAAUGGCUGAUGUAUCUCUUUAAAGAAAUGCACAUCUCUUUCUCUUCCGCUGCUUCUGUUUUUUGCGACAAUAAAUCAGCCAUCUACCUUGCCCAUAAUCCCACUUUCCAUGAACGUACUAAACACAUUGAAAUAGAUUGUCACAUCAUAAGAGAGAAGAUUCAAAGUGGUUUGCUGCGGCUUUUUCCCAUACCUUCUACUGCACAAACAGCCGAUGUUUUUACAAAACCUUUACACAGUCCCUCAUUCCUCACUCUCAUAUCCAAGCUUGGCCUUCAUGACAUCCAUAGUCCAGCUUGUGGGGGAGUUUUAACUACUGAUAUUACAUGA